GUGUAGCCUUUUAACUCGACAAUAUGAUAAGUGUUGCAAUAUGUAAAAAGCUGCUAAAUGGUUAAAAUAUCAAAACAAUUGUUAAAUAGAUUGUUAUAGUCUCCCCCUCACCCACAAACAAAUAUUUAAAAAAAAUAUGGAUAUUAUAACGAAAGAAGAUAUGCGCGAAGGGGCAGAAAGCGAGUUCGAUCUCAUCUAAAGACAAACAGUCAAGAAGAGGCGAAUUAAUUGAAGAAGGUUUCCGUUUUUAAUUCUUUCGCGGUUACUUUUCCGAGUCAAAAUUAUUGAGAGUAAUCGGUUAAGGCUCCGUGGUCCUCGGGGGCACAUCCUCCUUGGCCCCGCAAAAAAUGCUGCCGUCGUCAAACGCGCGUUCAACGCCGGUACCAAGUUGGGCGAGUCCGAUAUGGUUCGAUGCAGGCCGAAACACCAGAAAAUGUACUUUAAGGAUUUCAUAAAGAACUAUGAAUGCAAAUUGGAGAGAAACACUGGGGCGAAAGUGGGAUCUAAGGACAAAGAAUGCGGUAGGUGGGCGCUUUCAACAAUGUCACGGAUGCAAAAAAAAGAAGUGGAAAAUGCUAAUUCAAGAAGAAAGCAUACCAUCAUGUCACCGGAGGAAGCUGGGUCUGGGAAAAAAUCAGUAUGGACGGAAAUGGAGAUAACAGGGAAUAUUCGUAAUUUAAGUGCAAAUAUAUGGGAUUGGACACACCUCACUUGCCUUUAUAUGAAUGACAAUGCUCUGAUAAGACUUCCUCCUGAUAUUGGCAAGCUGGUAAAUCUCCGUGUCCUCGAUCUUUCUUGUAACAAGUUAAGAAGUUUACCAGCUGAAUUGGGAGAACUGAUAUAUCUCAGAGAACUGUCAUUGAACCAUAAUCAUUUACGCGUGCUCCCUUACGAGCUUGGUAAACUUUUCCAACUUCAAGUCCUUGGAUUGGCCGGCAACCCCCUGAGCAAGGAGUGUUUGAAGCUUUAUCAGGAGCCGAACGGAACGAGCAAGCUGAUAACGUACCUUCUUGACAGUUUACAAGUGCUCGUUCGAACACCCCAACCACCUGAAAGACCAUGGAUCUUGCUGGCAAGGCCAUCAACAACAAAGCCAUCAUGUCUAAUGACAGUAAUGUGCUACAAUGUUCUGUGUGACAAGUAUGCAACAAGACAAAUGUAUGGCUACUGCCCAACCUGGGCUCUAGCUUGGGAAUACCGCAAGAAGGCCAUCCUUGCUGAAAUAAGGCAUUACACUGCUGAUAUCAUAAGUCUCCAGGAAGUUGAGACGGACCAAUUUUAUAAGUUCUUCUUGCCGGAAUUAAAAAGGGAUGGCUACGAUGGCAUCUUCUCACCAAAAUCGAGAGCCAAGACCAUGUCUGAAAAUGAAAGGAAAUACGUAGAUGGUUGUGCUAUUUUCUACAGAACUGCCAAAUUCACCCUCAUUCAAGAGCACCUCGUAGAAUUUAACCAGCUAGCUAUGGCAAAUUCUGAAGGCUCAGAUGACAUGCUCAACAGGGUUAUGCCAAAAGACAACAUUGGCCUCGCUGCUCUUCUUAAAACAAAAGAGGCUGCUUGGGAAAACUUAUAUUUUGCAGGCCCUCGAGAUUGUGCUUCAAUUACUGAACAAGCUCUUCUAGUGUGUACGGCUCAUAUCCACUGGGACCCGGAAUUCUGUGAUGUCAAACUAAUUCAGGUAAUGAUGUUGUCGCAUGCUCUUAAAGGAGUUUUGGAUGAAGCGAGCAUGCAUUUUAGACCAAACGGAGGAGCCUCUCCAGUACAACUGCUCCUAUGUGGUGAUUUUAAUUCAUUACCUGAUUCUGGUGUGAUAGAAUUUCUUUCCUCUGGAAGAGUUCUGUCUGAUCACCAAGACUUUAAAGAACUUCCUUAUAAGUCCGUCCUCCAGAAGAUCUCCGGCUGUGACAAGCCCAACGAAUUCACACAUUCCUUUAAGCUUGCUUCAGCCUAUUCCGAAGACAUAAUGCCCUAUACCAACUAUACAUUUCAUUUCAAAGGGAUAAUAGAUUAUAUAUUUUAUUCAAAACAGAGUAUGACACCCUUGGGUCUUUUAGGUCCUUUAGCUACAGACUGGCUUAAGGAAAACAAAGUAAUAGGUUGUCCUCACCCCCAUAUUCCUUCAGAUCAUUUUCCCCUUUUGGUUGAGCUUGAAAUGACUCCUAUGACGACAGUAACGUCACAGUCCAAUGGUAUUAUAACGCCUUCAUCUACAACAUCAUCUCGCAGGUAGCAGCAACUAACUCAACAAUCCUCACAGCGACCUACAGCCCUCCAGUGCCUCUACAGUACAAAGCUUACAGCCGGAAAAACUAAGGAAAAUAUUAUUUUGUAAUAGGCCAAUUCAAAAUUGGAAACAAAGGACUUGUGAAGUACAGUCACAUUGACCCCAGGUGGAAGGAAGAAUAGAACAAUAUGGAUAUAUUUUGAACAAACCAAAAUUAAGUAUAUAUAUAUCGAAACAAGCCAAAGUGCAAUGGGCGGUGUGGGACUUGGUAGGAAAGUACUGUUACAUGUAUAUAAGAAAAUGGACAAAGAAGAUAUUCAUGUCGCGGUAUUUAUACAUAUUAUAUAUUUUAAACAUAUAUAUAAUAUGGAGAUUUAUAGAUACGGGCUCUCAGUGCAUUUUAAAUUUAAAAAGAAAAAUAUUUAAAAAAAAUACAAAGAAACUGAUAAUCUCAGUGUGAUAUCUUAGUAAAGUAGUUUUUAUUUUGCUAUAGGGUCACUUCAUCAGGGGGGGGUGGGGGGUUUAAAUUCAAAAAAUAUUUUAUAGCUACGGUAAUUAAAAGUUUUGUUCUGUUAAGUAUAAGAUUAUUAUAAAAUAAUUAAUAUGGUAAAUUAAUGUGUAUAAUUGCACACUGGAGUUUACAGUGUUGUUUUAUAGAAAACAUUCCCCAUUAUUUCCUUUAAUUUAAAUUUUUUUACUAGAAAAGCAUAACUUCCUUUUAGAUACUUUUGUUGUGCAUAAUUUAACGUUUGCCAAUCACAAUGUAUGAGGUCAUUUAAAUUGUUAUUUUUCUUUCUCCCUUUAAUUACGCCAAUUUUUUUCAGUUUAAAAUUUUUAAUAUAAUAUCUUCAAAACCUCACUUUCAAUCCUAUGUCAGGUUUAAACGGCUGUUAUAGAUGACAAGGAAUUUUCGUUUGUACAAAUUAACUAUUAAGGAUUUGUAUUACUAACUCUUUUUAUAGACUAAUAAUAUAAAAGGUAUAGUUCAUCAAAAGAUGCAAAUGGAAAAAAAUUGGUCCAAAAGUUUAACUGUGCACAUAAAUUUUCAAUAUCAAUAAUCAACAAGCUGCUGUCUUAAAUGCCAUACGCCUCACAUAAUCUAAUCAGAAAUAUUAUUUUAAACAUGUGACGAUAUGCACAAUUUUAAGAAAUACCUCAACUUUAAAAAUUUCAUUGUAAAGCUUUUAUCAACUUAUAUCAAAUUUUUACUUUAAUAAUUUAUGUACUACUACUUUAACACAAAAAAAUUGACUGUAAGAAAAAGAGAGUAUAAACUUUUUUCGUUGAUGAUUUAUCUUUUAUAUGCAUACAUUACAUCAUUUCUGGUAAUAUUAUGUACAGAUAUUUUAAUAUUGUACUUACUGUAACAUUCUUAUAUUUCUCUUAACAUAGUCAAGUACAGAAAGCAUUUAAAUCAAGAACCACUUUGCAUUUACUUAGCAUCCAAUUAUUCUGAAGUAUCAAUCGCAUGGACUAAUAAGAAAAAUAUAUCUUAUGAAGGUUCACUUUUAAGAGACAGUGUUACAAUAUGUUUUUGUUUGAAAUUAAUAAACCGUUAUAAUUGAA